GAACAUGUCGAUGUGGAGGCGCCAUUACGCAUGGUGGCAUACGCGCGCGCGUGCUAUAUAUCUCGUAAAUUUUAUGCUCCCGCAACCCGCACGAUCUUGAAUUCUACAAAGCGACGAGCGAACAUGGCCGCCCGACAAAACAUUCUGUGUGGCAUCGUUUAACGACCGGACUGAUUAGCCGUCGCUCGCACAGCUCAGCCAUGUCACACGGUGACUGCGGGACAACGUCAUCCUGACCGAGAGUUUCUCGCCGAGAGUGACGCAACGGCCGACGGUCGAGGGGACUGGAGAACUCGAUCUUUUUUCGGGGGAAGGUGUGCAUAUCGGGCGCAAACCCGAUUAGCCAAGCUCCGCUGUCCGCUCUCUCUCUCUCUCUUUCGAGGAAAUAACAAACAGGCGCGCGACGGUCGUCGCGUUCGCCGAUACCCCGUGUGUCGGCGGUGUCGCGGAACGUGGCUCGGCAAGCGGGUCAGCCGAGGAGUCAUCGAGUCGGUCGGUCUUGUUGCGACUUGUGUAAGGACAGCAGCAGCCUGUACCGACAUAACGAAGUGAUUCGUCGCGAGCCACAACGUAACGACACUGACGAGUUACCGUGAACGUACGGACGGACGGACUGCGUAAGGUCACCCAGACCGAGAGUGGAAGAUUGAUCGUCGGCGAUCAUGACGAUCUUGUCGAAGAAGAAGACGAACGCGUCGAAGGACCGUACGCGCGAGCCAGGUGCAGGCACGGAGGUCGACGUUCAUCACAGCGUGGUGCAGAAUGAGCACAAUUCCGGCAAUAUUGCGCUGCCGAACAGUCCGUAUCAGGCAAGCGUAGACCGUCGCGAAGAGAAACACUUUGAAGAAAGCGGUCCGAGUCAUGGCAAACGUCACCGACAAAGGGUCAGUCCCCACAGUAGCUAUAUUGGUAGAUCCUCACGCGCCAAACGCGAGCGAGAGAGGGACAGAGGCAGGGAGAGGGAGAGGGAACGGGAACGUGAGAGGCAAGCUACUCCACCUGCUGCCUCUUGCAGUGGUAUUCAAGGAACAGAUACCAGUGUCAAUGGGAGAGUGAGCAUCGUUGGAAAUGCUUCAAAUCUGGAGCACGAAUUGGCAAAUGGUUACAACAGCGGGGAUGAAUACACAGGGCGUACUGGGAAUAAUCUCACGUUAGCCGAAUGGCAGGAGAGAGACCGAUGGUUCGAAAAACACAUGCGGAAAAAGGGUUUUAUCGUGAAAAAAAUGGACGAGGAUGGAGCUUGCUUGUUUCGAGCAGUGGCGGAUCAAGUUUACGGCGAUCAAGAGAUGCACGGGGUUGUGCGGAAGCAUUGUAUGGAUUAUAUUGCUUCCAACAAGGAGUUCUUCCGGAAUUUCGUGGCGGCGGAAGAUUUCAGUAAUUAUGUGAAUAGGAAGAGGCUGGAGUACGUUCACGGGAACCAUAUAGAAAUGCACGCCAUGUCGGAAAUGUACAACCGUAGCAUCCAAUUGUACUGCUAUAGCACAGAACCUAUCGAUAUCUUCCACACCACGGUGAAAAGCGACAAUGAACCGAUCAGGCUGUCGUACCAGCGUGACAGUCACUACAACAGCAUAGUCGAUCCGUACAAGGCCACCAUAGGCGUAGGACUCGGUCUGCCGGCGUACAAUCCCGGUGCUGCUGACCGCGCUCUGAUAUCAGAUGCGGUUCGUCAGAAUAGUGGACGAGUUGAUUUCCGACGCGUUUUGACCUCACGAUUUCAACGACAGACAAUGCUGGAGGAUAAGAUCAAAGCCACCGACUGGGAAGCGACUAACGAGGCUAUCGAGGAACAGGUGGCGAGAGAGAGCUACCUUCAAUGGCUGCGCGACAACGAGAUGCGCAAAGCACGAUCAGCCAGUAGUAGCAGUACGAGCACAGUUACGAGCGCGCAACAUAAUCAUUCGCACUUUCAUUCACAUGGAGGUCGUGGACAGCAACGUAGCCAUACCUCGUCACCGACCACGACUCAAACUAGCCAAGAUAAUUUACGUAAUUCUCCAAAGGUCAGCGACGCGGUACGAUACAGCAAAAGAUCGCCGCAGCAUCAAUCAGCGACUCAAGGUUCCCACUUGCCGCCGGAUUUUGAGGUAAAAGCCACGCCGCAGGAACCUGUGCCAGGAAGCAGCAAGGAGGCGCACGCAUCACCGGACAUCCCAUUGUUCAAUCGCCUCCCUCCUGAAGUCUUCGGUCUAACCGAUUGGGAAGACAGCGAUAUACUUUCGCAAGUGCUGGCGACGUCGCAACAGGAAUAUUUGGACAGCUUGAAGCAAUCACGCGUAUCUGCGUCCGCCGGGAGCGAUAGCCCUAAUACGAUAGAGUCUAAUAACAGUUCUAGUAACAAUUCUUGAAAUGCGGUCGGCAACGACAAAGUUCAAAAGAUAUCAGAGUAAAGAUAUAUACAUUUAUAUAUUGCAGUAUCAUCUAUUCCCGCGUUGUGCCAGGCAUAAGGUGGUUUGCUUUCUCAUCUCGCGAGUAAAUAUUGCAAUAAUCAUUGGUUGAUUUUUUCUCCGUCUGUUUCUAUCACACACACACAUACACACAUACACAACACGCAUAAUACAUAAAUACUUAUUCUUCCCUUCCAUCUUACUUCUUUUAUUCUUUUUUUCUUAGUCCAGAACUAAAUAAACUAUCUCUUCUGCCGUCCUUCUCCCUUCUCUGUCCAUCUAUCUAUUUAUCUCUGUGUUUCUUUCUCUUUCCCAGCAACACGCCGAUUCGAAAACGUACAUAUGGUAUUUUCAAGCAUACGUACGUCAUAUAGUCGUUAAGCGCUUUGUUAACACUAAAUGAAGUAGCUGUGUAUCUCUUUCGUUGUAUCUUUGUGUCGUCAUAUAGAGAAUGGUCAAAAUAAUUUGCAUCAUUCCGAAAUUGUUAUUGUUAAAUAUAAAUUUCUUAAUUUUCGUAGUUACGCGAUAUCCGCUGUCACACAAUCCAUAUUAACUCGCCUAUUUUGGGGUUCAACAUUAUUAUUAUAGGGCAUGCAAUGCGAUUAGACAAGAAAAGAAAUAUAUAUAUAUAUAUAUACAUAUAUAUAUGUAUAUAUAUAUAGCAUAUAUACA